AAUGGCACAAAAUAAAAUACCAAUAAAAAAUUUGAAAGUACCAUACAAUAGAAACUGUGUGCAUCCAGAAAAGGUAAAAAACCAGAGAAAAAAACUUUAUCAUGAAAGAAGUAAUUUUGCUCAUUGAAACACUCUGAAACAGCUGAAAGAAAAACUGGUUUUGGAUGCAACACAGUUGUCUAUCUUCAGCUGAAUCAUUAACUUCAUGCUUCACAGAAACGCAAUUUUCCACCACCACACAAUAAAAACAGAGGUAACAGAUAUUCCUUGUACCCUUUUUUUUUUCCUACCUAGAUCAAAGCUUUUUGUUUUUUUUUUUUUUUCUCAAACUUGAUUUUCAGUUUCGAAUUUUGUUAGUCGUUGUAGAGGGAGGAAAAGGGAAUCUUGUGUUCAUUGGGGAGAUGGGUUUUCUGGAGAAGGUAGCCAAGGCAAUUUCACAGAAUGAAGAGAAUAAAGCUUCCCUUGAUGGUGUCAUGGAUAUUCUUAUGCUUGAAUGGGGGGAUAUCGAGAGACAUUUGGAUUUCACCAAGAACUCCCUCAAUGAAUGCUUCAACGAGCUCCAAACCAGAGAAGAGGGAUUGAAGGCGGUUGAAGAAUCGAUCCAAAGGAGAACAGAAGAUUUUAAGCUCAAGAAACUAAGGGUUGACAGAGAAUUCAACAAAAUGGAGGGGAAAGAAAGGUUUUUGAAUGGUGUUUUGAAGAAGGUGGAGAUGGAGACAAGGAAAUUUGGAGUGAUUCAGGACUCUCUGGAGGUAAAGCUUAAAGAUAUUGCUUCCCGAGAACAGCAUCUUGUGGAUUUCUAUGGUUUGGUGCAGAGCCAGUUGGAGAGAAAGGAAAAUGACCUCAAAUCCAGGGAGAAAGAUUUGGAGAGAAAGGAAAAGCUUCUUGUUUACAAAGAAGAAUUUGUUCUGGCUAGAGAACAGGAAGACAUUUUGAAGAUGAAGAAGCCAAAUGCGGAAAAUGAGCUUGGAAGAAUAAAAGAAGAGCUUGAUCAGAAGAGCCUAAUCUUGAACAAAAGGGAAGAAGAUCUUGAUUUAAAAGCUAGAAUUUUGGAAGAACAGUUAAUGGAAUUCGGUUUGAGGAAGAAGACACUGGAAAGAUGUGAGGAUAAUCUACUUGCAAACAAGAAAGAGCUUGAGAGACAAGUAAAUGUGUUUUCAGAACAAGAACAAACUUUGCAGAAAUUGGAGAAUGAUCUUAAAUCAAAGGUCAUUGAUCUGGAGGGAAGAGAGAAUAGACUUCUUGCAGCUGAGAAGGAUUUGCAGAGAAGAAGCAUUGUUUUGGAGGGAAGAGAACCUAAGCUUUUCGCGGGCGAGAAGGAUUUGAAGAGAAGGAAAACUGAAAUUGAUACCAGAGAGGAGACAGUCCAAAGCAAAGAAAACGAACUUGACUCCAAAGAUAAAAUGUUGAAGACAUGGAGCAGAAGACUUAGAUCAAGGGAAAAUGUUGUGAAGGCAAAGGAAGACAAGCUUUCUUCCGUUGAGCAAGCUGUUGAGAGAAGUCAAAGUGAGCUUGUCUUGAAAAGGAAUAUACUGGAAGAGUAUGAAAAGCAAAUUGAAGGUUAUAAGGCGGAGAUUUUGAACCUAUGCUCGGAAUUUGUUUCUUUCGAAAAUCCCCCCUAUCCGAGUGUUCAAGGAUCUGCUCCUCCCAAUCCAUCACAAUUCAAAUAUGUGCAGAAUAUGGUCCUGGAUUUGGAUGGAAAAGAUUGCCCGAGGCGUCACAAAAGAACUUUUGCACCAGGGAAGAACGAAGGAGAGAUCCAUUCUUCGGAUUCUGAUGAAAUGGCAGAUGCUGAUUCAGUUCAACAUAGAUGUGUUGGGGACAAGAGGACUGAGGUGACACGAGUUUACAGUAGGAGAAGCAGCAAAGAUCAGUCUAAAGCGUGGUGUGACCACUAAAAUUAUUUGAAGAAGGUAGAAAAUCCUUCUCCUAAUGAGUAGGGUAAAAGAAGAGAUCAGAGAGAUGGUUGGAUCUUUUAAUUAGUCUUUUUUUCUUUUCUUUGGUGUAUUGGUUACAUAGCACUUGACUGUUUCCACCGGACUUCUUUACUUGUUGUAUUUGAGUUUCGAGUGAUGAUAUUAUACAGCAUUAUCUUAGUGAACUUAUUAAAGUAUAUACUUUUCAUGAUUCUCUUUUAAAAGUUUUCGAGUUCUUGAAUGCAGUAUUCAACAACUACUUCAUUGAAGAUCCACUGCCAGUCGAUAUCUCUAUA